CGCAACUCUUCUGGGGGAAGGACGUGCGCGCGCUCCGUCCCCGCGCUUAACGAACUAGUGAACAAAUAUAUUUGUGUUACCGUACUGUGUUUGUUUUGUGUAUCGAGCUUUUAAGGAUUUGCGUGAGAUUUGUGUCCUGUUCAAACGAAAUAGGAUCGUGGAUAUUUAGUGGAGUGUUUAUUUUUCUGCAAGACUUGAUGCUCAGUUAUAUUUAGUUCUGAUAGAUACAAAAGCAUACAAACAUGGAGCAACUUUUCAACCUCGCCACGGAGCAGUCAAAACGCGCACCACCAAUACUAACGGACACCUAUGUGUACAGUUGAACCGGCAAAUAUGGUGAAAUAGUUGUGUAGUGUGUUAACAAAGUGAUACAAUGAGCUUAUAAGUUAAGUGAAUGAGUGAAAGAUGCCUUACUACGGGUAUCGAGAGGGGUCAGACUCGAGUGGGGGGUGUUCGGAAUCGGAUGGGGGGGAAUCGGACUCGGAGGGCGGGUUGAGUACAGAGAGCACGGUGGGUCAGGACUUGCCCUUCCCAGGCUUCACCCCCGUGGCUCUCCGGUAUUUGACGCAAGAUACGAGGCCGCGGAGCUGGUGCCUCAAACUCAUCACUAAUCCGUGGUUCGAAAGAAUAUCGAUGCUGGUAAUACUGCUGAACUGUGUGACUCUCGGCAUGUAUCAGCCUUGUGUGGAUGAUCAGUGUGUUACAAAUAGGUGUAAAAUAUUACAGGUGUUCGAUGACAUUAUAUUUGCAUUUUUCACAUUGGAAAUGACGAUAAAAAUGGUUGCAAUGGGUGUGUAUGGACACGGCACAUACCUCGCUGACUCAUGGAACAGAUUAGACUUUUUCAUUGUUUUUGCUGGGGCACUCGAGUAUGCACUAAACGUGGAAAACAUAAAUUUAUCUGCCAUAAGAACGAUUCGCGUCCUUCGUCCACUAAGGGCCAUCAACAGAAUACCGAGUAUGCGAAUUCUAGUGAUGCUAUUGCUGGAUACAUUACCAAUGUUAGGAAACGUUCUCCUGCUUUGUUUCUUCGUUUUCUUCAUAUUUGGAAUAGUUGGUGUGCAAUUAUGGGAAGGUAUUCUGAGGCAGCGAUGCGAACUCGUCCUCCCGACGAACGUGCUUCGACCCAACAUAUCGUUCUACUACGAGUUCUCAAAAGAACUAGACUACAUUUGUACGACGCCAGAAGACAGCGGGAUGCACCAAUGCGGAAACUUUCCUCCGUACCGAUACGGGCCUCUAGUAUGCAACGAGACCGCUAAACCGUUUUCAUACAACACUCCAACGAACUCCUCAUGCGUGAACUGGAAUCAAUAUUACACAAACUGUACUCAGCGAGGCUCCAAUCCAUUUCAAGGAACGAUUUCUUUCGAUAAUAUCGGUCUCGCAUGGGUCGCUAUAUUCCUGGUAAUAUCUCUCGAAGGAUGGACGGAUAUAAUGUAUUAUGUACAGGACGCGCACAGUUUUUGGGACUGGAUUUAUUUCGUACUGCUCAUAGUCAUUGGGUCAUUUUUCAUGAUCAACCUCUGCCUGGUCGUAAUCGCUACUCAAUUUAGCGAAACCAAAAAACGUGAAAUGGAACGUAUGCGUGCGGAACGUGCACGCUUUACUUCGUCUUCAACUUUGGCUUCCUCUACGAAUAACAGUGAACCGGCUACGUGCUACGCGGAAAUCGUGAAAUACGUAGCGCAUCUGUGGAGACGAUUUAAAAGAAGAAUGGCAAAGAAGAUCAGGGUUUACCGGUAUCAACGAGCGCAACUCCGAUGGCGAACAAGUCGAGAAACUUUGCAAUUGCCAGCAAAUCGACCGAAACAACAUCAUCCCCGCUGCCCGAAACUACAUCCUCAGGGUAACGGCAAGAGCUCAGAAGAUAUAGAGGAGCCGCUCAGCCGACCGAGCCUGUUGCGUGUCCCGUCGCUCUCGGCUGCAGACCUCGAGAACGCAUCGAACCUGUCGCUCCUGUCGCCGCCGUCGCUCGCGCGCCGCCGCUCCUCCGUGAUGUUCAGUGACACGGUGCUGCUCCACGCGCCGAACGCUCCGCACUUGGCGCAUCCCAACAAUGUCUGCUCCUCUGAGAAAAUGACGCAAACUGAAUUCGAGUUGCCGGCGGAGAGCGCGGAGGAGCGCGCGGCAGCGGGCGGCGCCAUGUCGUGCCAAGAGCUGCUCGCGCUCUCCGGCGCGCUAUCCGCCGCCCUGCCCACGGGGCAGGUUGCGCUCGACUCCUUCUUCGAGGAGCUCACCAAAGGCAUCAGCAAGCGCGCCGCCGACGACAAGCCCGAUACCAAGGUCGUAGAGAUAGAAGACUUUUCAUGUUGCGCUGAUUUGAUAGCGGCAGAGGCUGCUGCUAAAGAAACGAAAAAGAACAAAUUUACAAAUGCGUGUUCACUGUUAUGGAAUCGGAUAAAUAGACUUUUAUCAAUACUGAGAAAACAUAUAAAAAAUAUUGUUAAUCAUAAAUACUUUCAGCAAGGUAUAUUGUUGGCGAUUUUAAUAAACACUUUGUCAAUGGGCAUCGAAUAUCACAACCAACCAGAAGAGCUGACUGUCAUCGUGGAAAUUAGUAAUAUCGUAUUUUCAGCUAUAUUCGCGGUUGAAAUGAUACUUAAAAUCAUUUCCGAAGGCCCAUUCAAAUAUAUUUCCAAUGGAUUUAAUGUGUUUGAUGGUGUCAUAGUUAUUUUGAGUGCAUUUGAGCUUGCUCAGAGUAUGGGUCAUGAACAUGAUUUAGCCGGAAGUUCUGGGUUAUCAGUGUUGCGCACAUUUCGACUCUUGAGAAUACUGAAAUUAGUCCGAUUUAUGCCUAACCUAAGAAGACAACUCUUCGUAAUGCUGCGAACUAUGGACAAUGUUGCAGUGUUUUUUUCAUUACUCGUUCUUUUUAUAUUUAUAUUCAGCAUCCUCGGUAUGAACCUCUUCGGGUGCAAAUUCUGCAAGAAAGAUGAAGAUGGCGAUCUUGAUUGUGACAGAAAAAACUUUGAUACUCUCUUGUGGGCCUUUGUCACAGUUUUUCAGUUUUGCAAGUUCGUCGAAGACAAUGGCACCGAGAGAGACUGUACUUGCCCUGAGAUCAUAUCGCAUCAUCCCAAGUGUGAAUGUGACAGAAAACAUUUUAAUAACAUCUUAUGGGCAACGGUCACUGUCUUUCAGGUAUUGACACAAGAAGAUUGGAACGUGGUUCUAUUUAAUGGAAUGGAAAAAACGAGUCAUUGGGCUGCGUUAUAUUUUGUUGCGCUAAUGACAUUUGGCAAUUAUGUUUUAUUUAAUUUACUUGUUGCUAUUUUAGUAGAAGGGUUUAGUUCCGAGCGAAACGAAAGAAGAGAGCGGGAACAACGUGAAUUGGCAAAGUCUAAAUUAUCAAGUGAAUGUUUUUCUGACAACAACGAAUUGCAAUACGAUGAGUCUAAUUCAGGAUCACAUUCAAGUGACAGCUUUUCUCAGAAUGAGAUUAAAAACUAUUGGAAAUCGGCCGAUGAUGUAAGAAAAGCUAAAGACGAUCCAAGCGGCAAUAAAGACAAGGUGAUAAAAUCUAGACGAAAACCUAAAUCCGUCGCCCACAAUCCUACGCUCUGUAAAGAUUGUGCACAAUCUAACAAAUGCAAUUUACAAAAAGAAUCAAAAAUGUUAGCAAACACCGCCAACGAUCACAGCAACAGUACAGUAGUACCAAUGAUAACUCAUACAGCAGCCACGCCGCAAGAUUCGCCUUCCACUACAUUAGAGCCCGGAGCGUCCUUUCGAGAUUUCCACGUAGCUUUAAGUUUAGAGAGAUCAUCCAUGUUAUCUAGUUUGGACUCAAUUGACCGCACAUCUUGUGCGAGUAUACCAGGCUUACUUAAACCUCCAAACAGUUACACGUUAACUCUCCAUUCAGCUGCCGCAGCUUUAGGUGCGGAGAAAGCUAGACUUCCAAUGUCUUUAGCUCCUCCGCCAUUAACUUUAGCUCUUCCACCAACGAGACCAACUACGCCCGGUACUCCAUCUACGCCUAGAUCUGUACCAUCGCCGAUGAUACCGGAGAAGAAUCUUCAAGUAACCAUCGCUAAAGACGAAAAUUGUCUAAACGUUAGUGAUAAAUCGAGCUUGUUGAGCUCGCAAAAGAGUUUAACUGUAACGACUCCAACUAUCAACGGUGAAGAAAAAUGCAGAGUACAACGCGGCUACAGCUGGAGACUCUCUCGGCCGAGUCUAAGAAAAAAGAAGCCAAGAACUGGCUCUGACUCUGACGCCGUCAUUUUGAAUAAUGGAAGGGACCACAUUGCAUGUAAUGGAUCGAGCCUCCGCAAGAACGACAUACUCCUGUCGUCGUCGAACGUAAUAAAGAACGACACGCAGUCGGAGCUGGCCCACGGGCGCGCGCGCGUGCUCGCCGCGCCCGCGCGCCGCGUCUCCGCGCACGCCACGCCGAUACUACCUGAUGUAUCAUGGAAAGCUCCAGAAGCAGGAUUUUCGUCAGAUUCAACAGUCCGCCUGGACACCGUUAAAUCACCGCCUCAUAGACUCUCCUUGACCAACGACUACUUAACAGGUAUCUUUUCGUGA